GCACACCUCUCUCUGGCGAGGCUUUUAAAAGUAUCGUUUCGCGAAGGUAAAAGACAGAAGCGAUUUGUUAAACCAGUGUUCUUGACGAACUGCUCUGCACAAUGACUUCUUCCAAGAAGAUUUUACUUUGGCUACCAUUUGGAAUCGUAUUGUUAAUUGUAGCAAUAUAUCAUUCAUCAACCAAUUAUGAGGAAUACACUCUCUCUCUCUCUCUCUUCUCUGAUAAUUUGCAAGAAAACGCCAUUGAACUACAAGUAUCCCGGCAUCGACGAGAAAUUAAGCCCACCAAUAUACACUAUUGCAAGCUCAAUCAGUACUAUGAUCAAGACGAAGGACGUUGUCUAGGCGUACCUGGAGGUGGCAAAGUGCUUCACGUUGAAAAAGGACGAUCGUGCGGAAACAACAUCCUGAAACCGCACUGCAAAAGUUCUUUGUAUUAUCAUAUCUGUAAGCGCAACAACUCAAUACUGGCGCAGUGUGCAAAUAGACAGAUCUUUGAUAUUCGUCUUCAGCGUUGCGUGUACUACGACUCAAGCAAAUUAACUCCUAGUACCAUUCGACCGGACGAUUACAAAUACUAUGAUGACAUUAAAGUACCGAACUGCAGCAGACGCGGCCGAUUUCCCGUGCCCGAUCACUGCUUCAUGUUUUACGCGUGCGACACAAACGGAAAUCGACUCUAUCAGAGCAUCUUCAAGUGCCCACAGAACACGGGCUAUCAAGCGGACAAAGGAAUCUGCGGCGUUGUGCCGGACUGCGAGAACGACAACUCCGUGGACUCCGCAGUUUGUGUUCCAGAUGCGCCGGCCGAGAAUGUGGAGCCUCAAAGUGCAAAUAAAGCUACAGAAAAAAAUAACGAAGAAAUCUCUGAAACUUCUGAAGAGAGCAAAACUACGAAUGUGACUGAUUCUGUUGUGAAAAAGGAAGAUAUAAAUCCUGAAACUUACGCUGGUUCUACUACUCCUGUAAACAUAAUAGAUAAUCCACUAUUAGUAAGUAAUCAUGAAAUUAGUGACAGCGUGAACGAAACAUUGAAUGACAAUGCGACGUUAUCAUCCGCACAGUCAAUCCAGGAUGUUACUGAGGGUACUGAUGAAACAUCAACGUUGAGUCAAGCAUCGGAGACGACCGAAAGCAUGCGAGAAGUAUUUGACAAAACACAGAACGAGGAGACCGAGUCAGUGACAAAACUCGAUGAUACGCAACAUUCCUUCACGAAAUCGGUGACCUCGAUAAAGCCGGAAUAUGGUACAAAUACUGACACAAUGUCCAACAUUGAUAGUGAAACCACUGAUACUUCACAGUCCUCUCCCGUCGACUUCACGUCAGCAAAAUUAGAUAAACAUACACAUGAUGUAACUACAGAACAGAUAAUGCAUAAAAAUAAUGAAGAUGAGGCAGUAACAUUAUCGAAUACCAACGCAGAAACAGUUGGACCCAACAACUUGACACCGACAACAAUAAGUAAUAUAGAAUUUUCCUCGAACAGCGACACGAAAUUCGAUGAAGGAAAGCAGGAUGUUACUACAGAAAAGUAUAGAAAUGAUGAAGAUAGUACAGUGACACAGCUGAAUUCAACCACUGAGGAAGUCGAGCAGAAUACAUCAACAAUGAACGAUGCACCAGAAUCCUCUUUGAUCAGUGACACAAAAUUAGAUGAUGGAACGCAAGAUGUAAUCAUGAAAGAGUAUAAAAAUGAUGACAGCAGUACAGUGACGCCGCCGAAUUCAAACACUGAGAAAGUCGAGCAGAAUACAUCAACAAUGAACGAUGCACCAGAAUCCUCUUCGAUUAGCGACACGAAAUUAGAUGAAGAAACGCAAGAUGUAAUCAUAAAAGAGUAUAAAAAUGAUGACGACAGUACAGUGACACCACCGAAUUCAAACACUGAGAAAGUCGAGCAGAAUACAUCAACAAUGAACGAUGCACCAGAAUCCUCUUCGAUUAGCGACACGAAAUUAGAUGAAGCUGAGUCGGAGAUGUUACUACAGAAAAGUAUAAAAAUGAUGAAGAUACUUACAACACCAGAAUCCUCUUCCAUCAACGACACAAAAUUAGAUGAUGAAACGCAAGACGUAAUCAUAAAAGAGUAUAAAAAUGAUGACAACAGUACAGUGACGCCGUCAAAUUCAAACACUGAGAAAGUCGAGCAGAAUACAUCAACAAUGAACGAUGCACCAGAAUCUUCUUCGAUUAGCAACACGAAAUUAGAUGAAGGAAAGCAGGAUGUUACUACAGAAAAGUAUAAAAAUGAUGAAGAUAGUACAGUGACACAGCCGAAUUUAAACACUGAGGAAAUCGAGCAGAAUACAUCAAUAAUAAACGAUGCACCAGAAUCUUCUUCGAUCAGCGACACAAAAUUAGAUGAUGGAACGCAAGAUGUAAUCAUGAAAGAGUAUAAAAACGAUGACAGCAGUACAGUGACGCCGCGGAAUUCAAACACUGAGAAAGUCGAGCAGAAUACAUCAACAAUGAACGAUGCACCAGAAUCUUCUUCGAUUAGCGACACGAAAUUAGAUGAAGAAACGCAAGAUGUAAUCAUAAAAAAGAAUAAAAAUGAUGACGACAGUACAGUGACGCCGCCAAAUUCAAAUACUGAGGAAGUCGAGCAGAAUACAUCAACAAUAAACGAUACACCAGAAUCCUCUUCGAUUAGCAACACGAAUUUAGAUGAAGGAAAGCAGGAUGUUACUACAGAAAAGUAUAAAAAUGAUGAAGAUAUUACAGUAACACAGCCGAAUUUAAACACUGAGGAAGUCGAGCAGAAUACAUCAACAAUGAAUGAUGCACCAGAAUUUUCUUCGAUCAGCGACACGAAAUUAGAUGAUGAAACGCAAGAUGUAAUCAUAAAAGAGUAUAAAAAUGAUGACAACAGUACAGUGACGCCGCCGAAUUCAAAUACUGAGGAAGUCGAGCAGAAUACAUCAACAAUAAACGAUACACCAGAAUCCUUUUCGACUAGCAACACGAAAUUAGAUGAAGGAAAGCAGGAUGUUACUACAGAAAAGUAUAAAAAUGAUGAAGAUAGUACAGUGACACAGCCGAAUUUAAACACUGAGGAAGUCAAGCAGAAUACAUCAAUAAUAAACGAUACACCAGAAUCCUCUUCCAUCAACGACACGAAAUUAGAUGAUGGAAUGCAAGACGUAAUCAUAAAAGAGUAUAAAAAUGAUGACAACAGUACAGUGACGCCGCGGAAUUCAAACACUGAGAAAGUCGAGCAGAAUACAUCAACAAUGAACGAUACACCAGAAUCCUCUUCGAUUAGCAACACGAAAUUAGAUGAUGGAACGCAAGAUGUAAUCAUAAAAAAGUAUAAAAAUGAUGACAACAGUACAGUGACGCCGCCGAAUUAAAACACUGAAGAAGUCGAGCAGAAUACAUCAAUGAUAAACGAUACACCAGAAUCUUUUUCGAUCGGCGAUGCAAAAGGAGACGAAGGAACGCAAGAUGCAAUUACAGAAAAAUAUAAAAAUAAUGACGAUAAUAUAGCGACACUACCGGAUUCAAACACUGAAAAAAUUAUACAGGAUACAUCAGCAAUAAGCGAGACAACAGAAUUUACUUCAAUCAAUGACACAUCAACGGAACCGGAUGAUAAAACACAAGAUAUAAUUAACAGACAAUUUCAAAAUGAUGACGACAAAAUAGUAACAUCACCGAAUUCUAAUACUGAAGAGAUUGAUCAGAAUCCAACAACACUAAGAAACGAUACUUCAGAAUCUUCUCUAUUUGAUGUUGUUAAAUCAUCGAAACUAGACGAAGUAAUAGAAGAUAUAACUUAAGAACAAUACAAAAAUGGCGAAACACAGACAUUACGGAACUCCAAUAUUGAAGUGAUUGAUGAAAAUUCAACAUCAACAAUAAAUAAUAUACCAACAACUACAAAUGCUCCGGGCAAUAAUGAUUUCGAUACAUCAGACUCUACGUCCACACCUAACGUGUUUUCAUCACCACCGACAGUGAUCGACAAUGUUGAACAUACUACGGACGGAUUAUCCGAGACUACUCCCAUAAAUAAUUAAACUUGCUGACGCCAAUUUACAUACGCCGAAUAAAUAAAAACGAAAAUAUUCUAUCCGCGAUGCUAGAUUCAGCUACUGUUUCAGACAACACACAAAUCCAGUAACGUAAAAUGAUAGCACAGAAACGUUGCCUGUGGCUCUAACUGAAUAAGACGUUCACAAUUGCAAACACGUACAAAAAAUAUGUAAAAUGUAUUUUUAUUAUGAUACAUAAAUAUCAAUGAAAGGUAUGUGUGAUAUGAUUAUUAUACUAUUAAUAUGUAGAUAAAAUAAUAAUUUAUUAUAUUGUUCACAAUAUUUGUUUCGCGUCUCAGAGGUAGUCGUGGCCAAUUUACAUUUACAUAAUUACAUACGUACACCUAUUCCCUACUGUACAAAGAAAAAAUUAUUCUACAAUCAAGAAAAUAAGAAUAAAUAAUGCCAUACUGCCGAA